UACGCCAACCCUUACUUCCAAACGUGCGCAUGCGUACUACACCGUCUGUCAGACAGCAACGGCCAGUAAACAUGGCUGGUGUUGGUUUCCGACGGUGGGCCCAAGCCCUUUCUAAAGGGAAGGGUUCCGGCAUUUCAGCCCUUUUGUCGGGAUCUAGAGCAGCCUCUGGUUCGUCAAAGGAUACUGUACUUGGACCGCUCCCGAAGACCCCCGAGGAGAUGGCAGCUGCGGCAAAGAAGUACAACUUGAGGCUUGAGGACUAUGAACCGUAUCCCGACAAAGGCGAGGGGUUUGGUGAUUAUCCUAAACUACCAGAAAGAUCUCAGGCUGAGAGAGACCCCUGGUACAAGUGGGACCACCCUGACCUGAGGAGGAACUGGGGAGAGCCGAUGCCCUGGAAUUUCGACAUGUACAUCAGGAACCGUGUGGAUACAUCUCCCAGCCCUGUUCCCUGGGCCACAAUGUGCAAACAAUUGUUUGGUUUCAUCGGGUUCAUGCUGUUUAUGUUCUACCUUGGGGAGGAAUUCAAAUCUUACCAACCUGUUGCACCCAAACAGUAUCCCUACAACAACCUGUACCUAGAGAAAGGAGGAGAUCCGGAGAAACAACCAGAAGAAGUCAAAAAUUAUGAAAUCUAAUGACUUAAAACCAAUUCUACUUGUGUAAAUAUAUUUCUGUCAAGAAUAAACAUGUUAACAGUUACA